AUAAAACAACGUGUCGUCUCUCAAAUCGGAAUGAAAAAUCGCAUUUCCUGAAAUAUCUCUCUCUCUCUCUCUCUCUCUCAUUGAGCCGCCGCCACUCCUCCUACCGCCCGGAUCCGCUCACCGUCUUCUGCCGCCACUAAGUUUGAGUCUACAAUAUAAUCAAAUAGUCAAGAAAGAUGCAAAACAACAAAGAUUCCAAUGAAGCAGAAGCAUAUCAAGUUAGAAAGUUGGAGAUAACAGACAAGAGCAAGGGAUUCAUGGAACUUCUACAGCAACUUACAGUGUGUGAUCCUGUAUCAGAUGAAGAAUUCCAAAACCGAUUUGAAGAGCUCAAAUCAUGCGGCGAUGAUCAUGUGAUUUGUGUGAUUGAAGAUGCCACGUCAUCAAAGAUCAUUGCAACUGGGAGCGUGUUCAUUGAGAAGAAAUUCAUAAGGGGGUGUGGGAAAGUUGGACAUAUUGAGGACAUUGUGGUUGAUUCGAGUGCAAGAGGGUUGCAAUUAGGGAAGAAAGUGGUCUGUUUUCUUGCGGAUCAUGCUCGUUCUAAUGGUUGUUAUAAGGUGAUUCUUGAUUGUAGUGAUGAUAAUAAGGCUUUUUAUGAGAAAUGUGGAUUUAAAGAGAAAGAAAUUCAAAUGGUGAAGUAUUUCAUUUGAGAAGUUAAUGUUUGUUAUACAACUAAGCUUCUAAAUAUAUUAUAUCGAGCACAUGUUUGGUGAUUUCUCACUCAAA